AUGGCGUCUUCUUCAGUUCCAGAGCUCACGCCUCACGGAGGCGUCUCUUCUUCCUCCUCUUCUUCUUCCUCGGGCACGAGUCAAGGAGUAGGGGGAGGCCUGGGGUCUUCCAAGAACAAAGACAAUGCCGUCUCAGGCUUGGACAGCCCCAACCCCGAAGUGCGCAUUGCCUUUCGACGAGCACGAGCGGAAAGGCGACUCGCGCAGGCACUGAAACAAAAGGAAGAGAGCGACGACCGGCCUGCGGCGCCAGAGGCUCAGAGCGCGCCGGCGCAGCAGGCCGUGCGGCCACUAGCCGCUGCGCAGAACUUCGUCGAGGCAGAGUUGAGGAGCUUGGAGGCGCUGAAGGAAGAGGGCUGGGAAAAAAUCAAAAAGUUGACGGAGAACUUGGCGGUAGAGCGAGACAAAGCGGCGAGGCAGCGCGAGGAAACAGCUGCAGAGAGGAAACAAAACCUUCGAGCCGCAACGGCAGAAGUCGCCGCUCGGCGAGAGGCCUUGCAGACGUCUCUCCGGUGUUCUUCUUCCUCGUCUCCACCGAAUUCUGUUAAUUGCCUAGGUGCUCUGAGAGACAACUUGUUGAGCAUUCCGUGUCCUCUCGAGCUCGCUGAAGCCUUUGAAGAAGCGCAGGCAAAAUGCCAAGACAUUGAAAGCGUGAAAGAAAGAGCAGAAAAGUGCCUAGACGAAGAAGCGACUCUACGAGAAGCCGCUUUUGUUGGCACUUUGGCCGAGCUGAGAGAUGAAGUCAUGCGGCUCCUCGAGUUAAUGCGAGAGCAGUACCGACAGCUACGGGAUAAAUAUCGAGAGUCUCUCGAACGCAUCGAGGAGAAAAUGGCCGCUGAAAGAGGAGCUCUCAUGGAGGAGCACGAAAUCAUCGAGGCGCGCCAAAAGCGUCUCGAAGGCUUCGCAGAGGCUCUCGAGCAACAGAGCGAGAGAGACGAAGUGGAUUCGCAAGCGAGAAAGCUGAAGCAGGAAGCUAUCAUUCAAGAACUGGAGAAGCAUCUGGACAAGAUGAUUGCUGCCUACCAACUCAACAAAGAAAAACUCGAGUACAAUCUGCAAGUGUUAACCGAGAGAAACAAGGAGAACGUGGCUCUCGUGCUCGCUUACAAAAGUCGACUGAACAAAAGCCGAGAGGCCUUGAGUGGAAUUGUGGAGCGCUUCAAUGCCAUGAACCAAAAAUACUCAGCGCUCAACAUUCAGUGCACCGAGGAGUUUCGGCGGCUGAGAUGUCAGUACAGACAGAUUCGCGAGAAGAGUUUGCAUUUCAAAGCCGCCGACGAGCGCGUCUAUCGCGAAGUGUGGCAGGCCAACGAACAGGAAGCUCGUAACUUGAUAUCUUCCAUUCUUGAGGCAGAUCGCUGCAUCCACGAACAGCAGCUCUGCAUGCCCUACGUCACCCCUUCUGAGGCGGGAGGCCAUGGGGCCUUACUCGACGAAGGCGAAGGUGGAGACGCAUUUUCUGAGGCGGCGACAACGACAUUUCGAUCAGCGUCUUCUUCUGGAAAGGACAACGGCUCCUUUCCCCGAGGCCACCCGGCGUCUUCAGCGUCAGGAGGGAAGAACAGCCGAUCAAAGGAAGACAGCGAGCGACUCAGCGGGGAAGGCGCCGCAAACAAGUCCCUUUUCUCUGCAGCGAAAGUCAAAAAAGUUCUGGAGUUGCUCACAGAUGCAUGCCACUUUCUAUCAGGACCAAAGAAGCAAACAUGCGAGGAGUUGACAGAAGAGGAGCACCAGCUGCUCGACGCAAACGCAAUUCUCAAGAACGUCGGCGUGGAAUGUCAGGACGACCUCGACCUUCUCGUCUCCAUUUUUUAUCAGGGUCAAGACGAUGACGACGAGACGCUCUACGUUGACGCUGACGACGUCCUCAGGCUCCUUGAGGAUUUCAUGGAAGAAAAGAGGAACCUGGCUGUCGCCGAUGUUCUCCCCGACAAAAAGAAGAAAAAGCGGCAGCAAUCUCUGGCAAGCGAGAAGAUCCCUCUUGACUGA